AUGAUCACCCCAAAGGGAACUUUUGAUUCGAUAUCAAGAUUCCAAGAAACGGAUCUGCAUCAAGACCUCGAUUAUACCGUACUCCAACAACGAAGAACCCAACUAGAGACACUUAUCACAGAAAGAGAAUCUUUUGUAAAGAAUUUGUGUUCUCUAUCUCACAAAAUCCAAAAGACCAAGAAUUACCAGGAAUUUGUGGAUGUAUUAGCGGAGAAUAGGGAAUUGCUGCGGGAGAUUUUUACUAUGGAGAACGGAUUUCAGAAACAAAGAUGGACCAACGAUGACGACAUUCCUCAGAUAGACUGGAACAAGUUUGCUGUGGAUAUUAACGCUUAUAUAGCGGAAAAUGAUCAAUUGUUGGCUCUGUAUGAAGAUGGCUUGUUAUGA